AUGGAUCGCAGGUCCGUCUAUGUUGUAGCUUUUUAUCUGCAUCGUCGUCGCCGGCGUUGGAGGUCAAUCUCCGGCCACACCUCCUGUGGUGUCCGCUUCACCGGUUUCAGCUCCACCACCGGCCACUCCACCUCCGGCUACUCUAUCACCAGCUACUCCGGCCGGCAACAUUGCCUUCGCUACUCGCUGGAGUUUUCAACACAUACCACAACACACCAAACAGCUGGUUACCUUACCCCACUGGAUUCCACUGUAGAAUCGACUCCGACGUCGUCGAGUGGCAGAGCUUCGUCCCAGAACUUGGAGGUGGAUUAUGGCCGUGUCUACACAGUCGUCAUAGUCAACUGCACCUUCCCUUCCUCCGUCUGCCACGGCGGCUCCGGCAGACAAUUACUCCUCCACGCCUCCACCAACGGCGGCGGAGAUCGAAACUCCAACGUCGCCGCCACCAUUGAAGCAUUAUCCGACUCACCCUGGAAGCUUAAACCCAUCUCUCUGGCGUACCGAAGGAAUCAAGAUAAAAAGCUUGAUACUACAAGGGCCUUUUUCCAUAACCUUUCUUCCAAGGGAUUACAACCUAAUGUUAAGUCAUACACUAUGAUGAUAAAAGGUCUUUGUGAAAAAGGCCUACUACAUGAAGCUAAAGAGUUGUUUCUUAAAAUGGAACAAAAUGGUUGCUUGGCAGAUGAUGUCGCUUACAACACUAUUAUCCAAGGAUUUGUUAGACGACACAAGUGCUAUGAGGCAUUAAUACUCGUUGAGGAUAUGGUUCAAAGGGAUUUUUCAACAGAUGCAUCCAUUUUUCCCUUGAUCAUCGAUAUACUCUCAACUAAAGGACAAGAUCCUGCUCUCCAAGAAGUGAUAAAGAAGUUCAUGCCCAAAGAUAGUCGUGGAAUGCAAGAGAAUGAGUAA